UUAAUAGGAUGAGGGAUCCGAAUCGCACUUAAAGCUCAAUAAAAAUAUGUUUCGCCGUGAUUCAGACUCAUGGCUCUGGUCAAUCUUGUAAUUUGAAGCUCCUCUCUCUGUUCCUUCCUUGUCCUUAGCGUUACGAACCCAAAAAGCUUCCAAUAAUGCGAUUCCGCAGUGUUCCUUGGAGUAAUCCAUGAUGAUUCAAAAAGUCUUUCGAAGAAGCUUCUAAUCAAACUAUUAUUCUACAUCAGGAUCUAGUCUCGGCGUUUCGCACAAGAAAUGAGUAGAAUCUGCUGACUUCACAAUACUCGUUGCUUUCAGAACAUCCGGAUACCACCGAGUCUGUUGAAUUAAAAUUUUCUAAUUAGCGGGUCGGACAAUUUUCUUACGACAUCGCAAUGAGGUUCGGCUUUUAGGAGGAUUUUCUCGCAUCUGAACAAUUAAUCUGCUGGGAAAAUGUUCAAGUCAUGGAGCAAGAAGAACAAGAUCAAAGCUGUAUUCAGGUUGCAGUUUCAGGCAACUCAGGUGCCGAAGAUGAAGAAGUCGGCGCUGAUGAUAUCUUUGGUGCCAGAUGAUGUCGGGAAGCCGACGGUGAAACUAGAGAAAACUGCGGUUCAGGAAGGAACCUGUGUGUGGGAGAACCCGAUUUUCGAAUCAGUUAAACUUGUUAGGGAUUCAAAAUCAGGGAAAUUACAUGAGAAAAUUUACCAUUUCGUUGUUUCAACUGGAUCUUCAAAAUCUGGCUAUCUUGGCGAAGCUUCAGUCGAUUUUGCAGAUUUUAUAGCAGAAACCGAACCACUGACUGUUUCUCUCCCCUUGAAGUUUGCUAAUUCAGGUGCAAUUUUACAUGUGACUAUUCAGAAUAUAGAAGGAAAUAACGAACAAAGAAACGUGGAAGAUGGAGCUCUGGAGCUUUACAAUGAUGGAAGCUUGAAUCAUCAACUCAGCUUUUGCAGUACAGAUGACAAUUCUUAUAAUGUUGAACUGAUUGUUUUACAGGGUGGUCACUUGGCGAAGACCAGAUCUGGUUAUACUGAAGAAAAUGCUAAUCCUGAGCUAGCUUCAUCGUUCAGACUGAAUAACGGAACUGUUCAGGCCAGUGCUAAAGAAACCCAUAUGCGCAGGAGGUCAAACACUGAGUGGUCAUUGGGUUCAACAUCAGAUGGAAGUUUAGGUGACUGGACAAACAGCCUUGAAGAUAAUCUUCCAAAAGAUAGAUUACGAGAUCAUUCAGAUAAUGCCUCUGAAAAGCUCAAAAGUGAAAUUGCUUCUCUUAAGAGGCAGGUAGAAGUAUCAGAACUUGAGUUAGAAUCACUCCGAAGGCAGGUGGCAAAAGAAAGCAGUAGAGGACAGAAUAUGUCGGCACAAAUAAUCAGCCUCAGACAGGAAAGAGAUGUGUUGAAAACUAAAUGUGAACAGCUUGAGUCCGAGCAAAACUCCAAUGUUGAGACCAAAACGACAAAAACCUUACAGUCUGAUGUCACAGAUGCUAGGCUUCAGUUAAAAGCAGUAAGGGAAGAGCUUGUUUAUGAAAAGGAGCUAAACACAAAUCUUCAAUUACAGCUGCAGAAGACACAGAACUCAAACUCUGAGCUACUAUUGGCAGUGGAAGACCUGGAAGCAAUGCUGGAACAGAAGAACAAUCAAAUAUCAGAUCUCUCUUCCCAUAGAAAGUCCCAAAAUAUUACCCGUGAGCCUGUUGACACCACAGAAGUAGAUCUUUUGAAACAGAAGAUUGCUGACCUGAAUGGUGAAAUAGACGCCUAUAACAAGCAAAAUGAAGAGCUAAACAAGGAUAUAGCAGAGCUCACAUCGGAAUAUGAGCUUCUAAAGAAGGAAAACCUGGAUAUUUCUUUGAGAUUGAAGCAAGAAGAAGCACAACAAAUUAUGUUACAGGAUGAAAGCUCUACUUCUUUGGCUAUUAUACAACAACUUGAGUCACAAGUAGAAAUAUUAGAAGGACAGAUAAAGCAGCAGGGGGAUGAUAUUUCAGAAUCUUUGGUCUAUAUCAAUGAACUUGAAAGUCAAGUCAAGGAUUUGGAGAAAGAACUGAAAAUGCAGGCUGAGAAAUUUGAAGAUGAUAUGAAUGCUAUGAAAUCUGAAAAAAUUGAGCAGGAGGAACGGGCAAAACAAGCUGAGGAGGCCUUGAAAAAGACAAGACAAAAUAAUGCUAUGGCAUCUGAGCGUUUUCAGGAGGAAUAUAGAAUGCUUUCAGUUGAAAUGUCAUCCAAAGUUGAGGAAAAUGAAAGCAUGACGAAGAGAGCAGUUGCCGAAGCUGAUGAAUUGCGACAGCAGAACAAACUAAUGGAAGAAAUGCUACAGAAGUGCAAUCAGGAGCUCAGGCUUAUCACAGAUCAGAAUGAGUUAAAACAUCAAGAGCUCUUAAACCAAAUAGACUUGAAAGAAAAAUCCAUGGAACAAAUGUCAAAAGAACUAGAAAAUAAGUCUGAACUGCUUGAAGAAGCACAGAAGCAAAGGAAAGAGAAGGAUGAGGCUUUCUUUAUUCAAAUUCAGAUGAUCAGAUCUGAAGUUAAAAAGCUGAUGGCAGAUGAAAAUAAAUUGACCAAGUCAACAGAGCACGGGACUGCAAUAACAAAAGAACAAGAGCAGAAAAAAAUAAAUGAUUUGGAGGAGACCCCGCUUAAUGCCCUACUUUCAGAAUUACAAAUCUUCAAGACGCAACACAACAAAUUAAAACAUAGCAUGCACAGUGAACAAAUAGAGAAAGAGAGCAUGAAGAACAAGAUAUCUCAACUACAAGGAGAGCUGAAGAAGAAGGAAGCGGAACUGAGCAAUAUGGAAAGGAAGAUCAAGAACAACAAAGGACGAGCUCCAGCUCCACAUGUGAAUUUGAGUUCAAGUGUCAGAAAGACAAAUUCAGAAAAACCUAAGGGAACAUAUGCUACAAGCACUCCUAAUGGCAAGUCAGCAGACACUGAAGUUUUUGUGAGCAGAAGUGAAUCAGAAACCUGUUCGGGAAAUGAGGCUAUUGUCUUCCAUGAUAAUCAAAAUGGUGAGUGCAAUUCGAGUGGACUGAUGGCUGAAGUGGCAAUGCUAAAGGACAAGAACAAAAAUAUGGAAAAAGAGCUGAAAGAGAUGGAAGAAAGAUACUCAGAGAUUAGUCUUAAAUUUGCGGAGGUAGAAGGUGAAAGACAACAGCUUGUUAUGGCUGUACGGAAUCUAAAAAAUGGAAAGAACUAAAAUUCUUUCCAAUGUUGUAUCUUAUCCCAAAACAUACAUGGGAUUUGAAACUGAUGGGAGAAGAGAACCAGCGUGGUGGAAGCAAGCUUAACCAGCACUUUGCUCUCUAGUUAAUUUUUAUCCAAGUUGGCUCAUAAAUAUUCAUGUAUCUAUGUUUUCAAAAAGGGAUUGAUAAAAAAGAAUAUGACCGAGUGCACAACGUAUUUUUACACUCAGUUUCAUUUUUUUUUUUUGGAGUCAUUGUACAUUCAAUUUUGUGACGUGUUAUGCGUUAACUAAUAUUUGUCUCAUCUGGCAAGACUUGUUUAGCCAUGCGGUCCAGUACUGGUCAUAGUCCUUUCUAAUGCAAGAUGCCAAGGCACAACAUUGGAGCCUGA